CCCGGCGAGGUUUAGACCCGAGCGACGUUCAGGUCGGACCCCGCGCCUCUCUCUGUCACCGCCGCCCGUCCCUCCCGAUGUCGGACUUCAAGCUGGGGAUCGUGCGGCUCGGCCGUGUGGCCGGGAAGACAAAAUACACACUAAUUGACGAGCAGGACAUCCCGCUUGUGGAGAAUUAUGCCUUUGAGGCGCGCAUGGAGGUAGAUGCAGAUGGCAACGGAGCUAAGAUCUUUGCCUACGCCUUUGACAUCGGUAAAGGCCGCUGGGCAGGGAGGCCGCUGCACGAGCUGCUGUGGGAGAAGCACAGAGGAGGCAUCGCACCCAGUUUCCAAGUCAUCCACAUCAACUCUGUGACAGUGGACAACCGGCUAGACAACCUGCGACUGGUGCCAGUGGGCUGGAGCCCCAAACCGGAGGAGAUCUCCAGCAAACAAAGAGAGCAGUCUUUGUACUGGCUGGCCAUCCAGCAGGUGCCGGCCGACCCUGUGGAGGAGCAGUAUCUGGAGCUAAGCCGCACACGCUACUACAACGCUAACGGGGAGCUGGUGGAGGAGGAGGAGUGCUCGUGCACCUACUAUGAGUGUCAUUAUCCUCCCUGUUCACUCAUUGAGAGGAGGCUCCGGGAGUUCAACAUCUGCGGUCGCUGCCAGGUGGCCCGCUACUGCGGCUCCCAGUGCCAGCAGAGGGACUGGCCCGCCCACAAGAAGCAGUGUCGCGAGCGCAAGCGAGUGUUGGCCCUGGAGUCAGAGCCCGAACGAUGAUCUGCCUUCAUCCUCGCCUGGGAGAGGAUGGGGGAAGAACUGGGGUGGGGGGGGUCUGGGUUUGACUUGUGGCAGGGAAGCAGGUAUGGAGGGCUAAACGGGAAAUUUGCUGGCGAGAGACUAACGACAGAGGACAAUGUUGGUUGCUUGAUUGUUUGGAUUCCGGGGGUAAAGAAGACCGAGGAGAGGAAAGAAGAAUAAAGCAAAAAGACAUCAGCCACUUCCCAGAACUGGUAGUUCUCCAUAGCUUGCUUUUCAUUUGGAUGACGGGGAAAGUGUAUUAUUAUUAUUAAUAUUAUUAUUUUUUUGUUUGUUUGUUUUUUGUCUUUAUUUUUCUCGAGGGGGCACACCCUCGAGCUCUACCUGCUGCUAUGGUUUUGUGUGUGAGGGGGAACAAGUCGUCUUGUUGUUGAACUGGACAAGCUUCUUUGGACCACAGUCAUAGACGCACAGUUGUCGUCAUCCACUUUUUCGCUCCUCCUCCUCGGCCGCUUGGGUGCGGCGACGUCUGUGCGAACGGGGGAUUCCGUACCCGUCUUUCAAGCUGGUACAAUGGGACAUGGACCUUUUCACUGUAUCGCUCCCUCUCUGACCUCUCUGGUGUGCACAGCCGCCGUCUUCAUGGUCACGCACACCUUCGCCGCCUCCCUGUCUUGUCGCACUCUCCACGCAGCAAACCACGACACGCAUCAGACAGAUUUCACUGAUUGAACCACACUUCCAGUAUUGAGUGUGAGAUAGUGUGUGUGUGUGUGUGUGUAUGUAUGUUUGUGUAUGUAUGCUUCUGUGUAUUUGCUGCCAAUAUGUACUGAAGGACAUUGAAAUGCUUAACGUGGUUUACAGGCCGCACUAACGUUAUGUCUGUUCUCUUCUUAAAGGGGCCAUAUUACGCAAUUUUAAAUUUCAUAUUUAAUCAACUGGUGGGUUAAAAAAUUUCAAUGUUCUGUAAUAAAGUAGUUGCCAACUAAAGGCUUUAAUUUUUUUCCGAUGUUUUCUCCACCCAUUAGUUUUUUUUUUAGGUCACUUUGAUUAGACAUAUACAUCACAAAAUCUGCAUUUUCAAAGUUACUAUUUUAGAAGCGGUUCCUGAUGUUAUUUGGUACUUGAGUCCAUCUUUUUCCAUUAUCACAAAAAUUAAAUGAAUGAAUUAUCCUGUCUUCUCAAGACAUGAGUUCCUCAAUGAUCACAUGGAAACAAAAAGGAAGAAAUGAUCUUUACCAAAGUCUGCUCUUCUUCUGUGGUUUGACACACUGAAUCCCUCCAGUCAGUCUUACUUUGCUGGAUUUUAACACGCUCCAGUCUUCUUUGCGGUAUUUUCUUGCAUCUGCAGGGUUAUGGUGUGUGUGUUGUGGAGUUUGCUAUAAGGUUAUUUUUUUGAAGAAAUUUAGCUAUAUAUUUAUUUUAAACUAGCGGUUAUGAAAUGUGCUUUUGUCCUGAUGAUAUUUGAAGGUAAACAGAUAAUAGAGUGGGGUCCUUUUUCUCACAUCUUAUGGAUGGGGGAGGGGGACUGAACAUUUCAUCCCUUGUUACCUGAUUUGUGUUUACUUUUCUCAUCCUGAAUGAAAGAGUCUCCCUGGUUGUUGCCCCUCCAGAUGUUCCAUGAAAACACUGCACACCAUCCUCGUCACUAAAAUCUUCCACGUGAGAGACGUCUCGGAGUGUAAAACUUGAAUUACCCCACUUUUAUUUUGUACAGUGGUUCUACAGGCAGAAGCAUUUCCUGCUUUUUUAUCUAAGACAUAGCGGCCCGAGUUAAAUUGUUCCGUUUCCAGAUUUGUCCUUAAAGGCCUGCCCUACUUGUAUUACCCACAGUGCACACCUGCUUAGACGUGUCUUAGGUGAAGAGUCCAGACACUACGCAUGUUAUUCCCACGUGUACAUGCGACCUGUUGAUUGUUUCUUAUGUGUGUGCGUGCGUGUGUGUGUGAGUGAGAACAGGUUUUCAACACUGCACUAAACCUUGGCUCCCAUUUUACCGUAUUUGUCGUAGAUGGGCUGAAGGGAGGGGGGGGGGGUGAUUUGGAUAGCGUGUACAGAUUGUGUCUGAAAUCUUUUUGUUUUGUAAGAAUAUAAGCAUUAAUCACCUAGAAAUAAAGAGCUACAAUAUGUGAAUGGAAGUACAGUUGGGGAUAACUGACAGUUGCUUUUCCAAUGUAAAAUGACAAUAAAUAAAAUUAAACCUCA